AUGACAGGUCUGCUGAAGAAACAUGACAUCAUUCACAAGGUGACGACGGCUUACCAUUCCCAAACCAAUGGGAAAGCCAAGGUGUCUAAUAGAGAGAUCAAGCACAUAUUGGAGAAGAUUGUUAAACCUCAUAGAAGGGACUGGAGCUCCAAGCUUGGAGAUGCGCUAUGGGCUUAUCGGACAGCUUACAAAACACCCAUCAGCAUGAGUCCGUUUUGCCUAGUCUACAGGAAAGGCUUGUCACCUUCCGAUAGAGGUGGAACACAAAGCUUACUGGGCUUUGAAAGAAUGCAACUCAGGAUUGGGAGGAGCCAGAUUGAAAGGAAACUACAACUAGAGGAAUUGGAGUGCCUUUGGCUAGAAGCGUAUGAAAAAUCAAGGCUCUACAACGAAAAGGUGAAGGCGGUGCAUGACAAGAACAUAAAAAGAAGAGAGUUUAGAGUUGGGGAUCAAGUUCUUCUCUACAACUCAAGGUUGAGGUUAAUGCUAGACAAGCUGAGGUCAAGGUGGGAUGGACCCUAUGUGGUGGAAAAGGUGGAAUCGUAUGGAGUUGUUCACCUAAGUCACCCCUCAAGCCCAACCUUCUUCAAAGUCAAUAGCCACCGUUUGAAGCUGUAUCAUGGUGCAAAGGUGAAGAACAACAAGGAGCUAGAGAUCUUCCUCUUGAAGGAUCCAGCAAAGGAAGAGGAAUGA